UAUAGAUAUAUGAUUUGGUAUAUAUGCAAUGUGCUUGGAGUAGUGCUGCUAGUGUGUGGACUAUACAUGGUUCUAUGGGAAAAGAACAAAGAGAUGAAAAGGAUGAAUUGAUGAGCAAAGAACAACUAUUUUAUGGUCUCUGUCAGAUUUUGCGUAAAUUUCCAAAAGAGACUGAGCUGUAUGGUUCUCUUAAUUCAGAUAUGGUAUUAUGCCAUUUCUGCUUUAAGCCAAAGAAAGUUACAAACGAGGCCUUGUCAGUUGACCAUGCUGAAAAGAGUCAAGUGCUAGUAUCGAGUUUUAUUCUCCUUAAAACUACUUUGGAUGGCCUUCCUCUACUAUCAAAGUCUUUUACAGAUGAAAAAUGGAAAAAUAUAAGAGGCAGAGAAGCCUGAGGCAGAGGAUUAAUUCAUGACCCCACUGUUUGAAUCAAUGGACAAAAUAAUGAUGAAUGGUUUCUAUACAGAUGAAGUUCCAAUUUUAGAACUUAAUUAAGCAACUUUAUUGUAUAUUUUGACUUAAUUAAAGGAUAAUA